UGGAGUCCGGACAAAGUUGAUGCAGUGCAAAAAGCCAACACGCCGCUGAUCCAACGCGCGACUCCCGAGGAUUCAAAUCGAAAACUGGAGCUAGAGAGCCCUCCUCCCCAGUGCCGAAGCCCCCUUUGCUGCUCAUGACGGACUACAACGCUAAUAGUCCACAUGAAGUAUGCCAAGGCACGAUUCGUCAUGAAGAAGAAUACUUUGCUCAAUUUUGGCAACACAUUGACAUCCUUGUUUACUUCGUACGUAGACACAUUGCCAUCCCUCGACCAACGUGGGCGAAUGCCGGCCAUCGCAUUGGUGCACAGGUUCUUCGGCUAUUAAUAUUCGAG